UUUCGUAGCUUGUUAUUUUUAUUUCGAGAAAAAUUUACGAUAAUUAUUAUAAUUAAAUAUAUACUAACAUCUGAUAGAAUAAUUAUUAAUUAUAAAGAAUAAUAAUAAUAAAAUAGAAUAAGUAUGAAAGAACAUAGAUCGACAAUAUUAACUCUUGUUGGUGUAAUAUGUGGAGUAAUUAUAGGAAUAUUAUUAAAAAAAUAUACGACGCAACCAUGGUCUGAGCGUGAUAUUAUGUAUUUUCAAUUUCCUGGUGAAAUAUUUUUACGAAUAAUAAAUUGUUUAAUUUUACCAUUAAUUGUAUCAAGUGUAAUAAGUGCGAGUUGUUAUUUAAGUAAAUCAGGUAGUAUUGGGUUAAAGGCAUUUUAUUAUUAUGUAACAACAACAUCCCUUGGAAUAAUAUUAUGUGUUACGCUCGUCCAAAUAAUAAAACCUGGUGAAUUUUAUCGUAGCAAAAAUUCAACUGUUUUUGAUCAUUCGAAAAAAUCAGUUACUGCUGAUACAUUUUUAGAUUUACUGAGGAAUUUGUGUCCUGAUAAUUUAAUAAAAGCAUCUCUUAGUCAGUAUCAAACUCAAAUAUCGAACCCAAAAAAUUCAAAUGAUGGAAAUAUAUAUUAUUGGAAUAUAAGUCAUCGAUAUAAUGAUGGAACAAAUGUGCUGGGAAUUGUAUCAUUUUGUUUGGUGAUAGGAAUUGCAAUAGGAUAUUUGGAAGAAAAGGGAAAGCCUUUAAAUGAUUUUUUCCAAUCAUUAUCGGAUGCGAUGAUGGUGAUGAUGGAUUGGAUGAUAAUGACAGUUCCCGUUGCCGUACUAUUUCUUAUACCUGGAAAAAUAUUAGAAGCUGAGGAUCUAACAGUAAUGAUAUCUAAUUUGGGUAUUUAUGUAUUGACAGUAUUUGCUGGAUUACUAAUACAUGGUUUAAUUAUUUUACCACUUCUGUACUAUAUAUGUACACGGAAAUCUCCUUAUUAUAUAAUAUCAAAAACAGGCCCUGCUAUAAUUACCGCAAUUGGGACGUCUUCAAGUACAGCUACUGUUCCAAUGACUAUUAAAUGUCUCAACAAAAUCGGUAUAAAUCCAAAAGUAUCGCAGUUUGUUGCUCCAAUCGGUGCGACAAUAAAUAUGGAUGGGAUUGCAUUGUAUGAAACUAUUGGUGCGUUAUUUAUAAUUCAACAACGUGGACUUGAUUUUUCUUUAAUGCAAAUAAUCUCAAUAGCAAUAACUUGUACAGUAUCUUGUAUUGGAGCCGCAGGAAUUCCAAGUGGUGGCUAUAUUAUGCUAAUUGUUGUACUUGAAUCGAUUGGAAUCCCUGCUGAUGAUGUUACAUUAAUUAUAACGAUUGACUGUUUCAUAGAUAGAAUACGAACUACUGUAAACAUUAUUGCUGAUGUUCUUGGCGCGGGAAUAAUUGAUCAUUUUACGAGUAAUCAUGAUUUAGACAAUCAAUUAGAAACACCUGAAGAAUCGCUGACCAGCCAAGAUUGUAUGAACAUAACAAUGGUAUCAAAUCAAUGAAUCCAAAAGUGCAUACCUCAAUCACUCAUAUUAUUUUUAAUCAUUACUUUUGUUUUAUAAUAUUAAUUUUUUUUUUAUUAUCAAUUUUUAUUCAACUUAUAAAUUAUCAAUUUCAUUUUAUUAUUUUCAGUUUAAUAUUUUGUCAUUAACAUUUUUUUUAAAUAUCCCGCCUUUUUGUCUUAGACAUCGUUUUUUUUUUCCAAUUUCAAACCUAUAAUGUUACGCUAGUGCUGCUGUCAGUAGUUGAUGGAGAGAAAAAAUGAAAAAAAUAAUAACAGUAAAAAUAAAAAUGGCGGCUAAAUUUUUCGUGAAUAAUCAGUUUUACGUUUUUAAUUAAUUACAAUUAAAUUAAAAGGAUUUAGAUAGUGAUUUUCCAUAGGGUUCUUGUGAUAAAAAGUACAAAAAUAAUAAAAAAAAGUUGGGCCGACUGAUUGUGUCUAUCGAGAGUUGUCGUGUUUAUGAAGUUUCAUACCUAACAAUUGACAGCACUGGUUUUUUGAAUUAAAAUAGUUUAUUUUAAAAUAAUAAAUUAACCAAUCGACUUAA